AUAUGCGUAAUUUUGGUGUGUUGGAUCAUGGUGGUCCAUCCGAGAGUCAUCACCAACAAGAUAAUGUCUAUCAUAGAAUGUCAACACAUUACGACUUUGAAAACGAGAAACUUGAUGGUCAUGUCCUCACUCAGUUGCCCAUAAACGACGUAUUUACUCGGGAUUUGGCAGAUGCGCAGAGUCAGGAAGAUAAUAGUAAUUAUGACAAGGGUGAUGAUGAGGAGGAAGAGAAUGCCGAACCUGAUUUGAUGAGGAAGCAUGAUCCACCUCCCGUUAUACCAAGAGUGUACACGUCCCACGUGUCGUUUCAUUCAAGGCAUAUUCCCUACCUUGAUCAUUUGUCAAGUAUUCCGGAUGUGAAUUCCCUCACAAGGGAUUUUGAUGAAAUUCGGACAGCAAUGUGGGAUGAAUCCAGACCAACGGUGCGGGCAAAAGGCAUGUUUUUUCCUAAUAAAGCGCGCCUAAGCAGGGCGGCGAAAAUGUACACCGUAAAAGAGUGCUGUGAGAUGAUGGUAUGAGAGUCAAGUCCGGAUGUAUACAAAGUUGUUUGUCGUAGAUGAAUUAUGGGUUGUCAUUGGAUGCUGCGUGCGAGCAAGAAGAAAAUAGGGUUGUGAAAAGUGGGUAAAUAUAUUGGCACCCACAAUUGUGAA